AUGUCCGUCGGCACCAUGGACUCGCACGCCACCGUCACUGAGGGCGGCAAGCGACGCUCCGGAGGCUUCCUCGGCUUCGGCAGAAAGAAGGAUAGGGCAAAGGUCGAAGAGCAAGACGAGCAGCAGUCAAAGGGCCAGCAGCGCCAGUCCUUCUCCGUUUCCGGCCGCCCGUCUGGCGGCCCCGCCCCCGAGCUCUCGCGACCCCUGUCCCAGCAGCCGGGCAUGGUUGUCCAACAGAACGGAAGAGUCGUUCCUGGACAACAGCAGCAGUACCAGCAGCAGCAGUAUCAGCAGCAACAGCAACAGCAGCGCAGCGACUUUGGACCUACGCCCCCGCCCCAACAUGCGCGCGCACAGAGCCUCGGCGCCAACCAGACGAUGGGAGGGCCACCUGUCGCACCCCGUCCGACCGGGGGUGACCAGACUCGCAACGCUCCGCCUGCCGAGUCACCGGCAUCAAUGGGCUCUCCUGCCGUUAUUGACGGCAAGGACCCAGGAUUCCGCCAGUCAUUUGAGCCUGUGGUUGAGCUCAUUUCGUACCAGCCGCACAAGACAUACGUUGCGAGCCCGCCAGAGCUCGAAAUGAUCUUUGCGCGCACGAGCGCGGGACAGCAGCCCAGGCAAGGUGCUCCUGGCAGCCCCACCAAUGACUGGGAUGCUGUCUGGCUCCAGCUCUCGGGUACCUCGCUCUCAAUGUGGUCAAUGAAGGAGACUCGCGCAGCCGCAGCUGCUGGCACCAAGGUGCCCCCAACAUACUUCAACAUAACUGAGUCGACGCUUGAGCUGCUCAGCCCGCUCCCUCCUCCUCCCCAUCGCCCUAACUCGCACCCGCACAAGCACGUUUUCUCACUCAACACUGCCGGCUCGAACCGCCUUCUCUUCUCUUGCCCAACUGAUCUUGACCUCAACCGCUGGACGACGGGCUUGCGCCUGGCCGCUUGGGAGCGCUCCCGUCUCGAGGAGAUCUACACUGGCCACCUCAUCCAAGCAGGUCGUCGAGAGCCUCGCUCUCCUCUCGUGGGAGGCCGCCUGGAAGGCUGGGUACGCGUCCGUGUGAUGGGUGGCAUCGAGUGGCACCGUCUCUGGCUCGUGCUGUCCGACCCCGAGACGCUUGCUCCCGAGGUGGCAGGCACUCAAGGCCGGCGGCGGUCGUCCUUCUUCGGCCUGGGCCACGAGAAGCCCGAGACCAUCCAGGAGCCAAACACGGGUGUGCCCAUGGCCACAUUCUACAAUGAGCCCCGCACCGCCAAGAACCGCACGUCGUCGCUGCCAGUUCUCACUGUUACCAACAUCACCCAAGCGUACGCCAUGUUCCCCGAACGCCUCGAGGUCAUCUCGCAGUCCAACCUCAUGAAGGUUGUGGGUCGUGUGAGUGGAGAGCUAGUCACAAUCGAGGGUGGCUUGCGUGAGUCGGGUUGGGCCAUGAUCAUGCCCGAAGCACCCGGAGAGGAGCCCUCUGCCACGCCUCAGGUGUCGCCGCUCGGUAUCAUGAUGCGUUGGGUCACCGCAUUCCACGAUGCCUUCAAGCUGUAUGGCCGCCCUCAGCAGUACUCGUGGAGCGAGAACGACCCUAGAAGCUUGUUCUUCGGCUACCCGCGUGGCGAGUUCCGAGGCGACCUGUUCCUUACGAUGGACGAGGCCAUGCGCGCCAACCAGAGGCUCAACACGCCAGCCAUCCGCGGACAGUUCAUUGGGCUGGUGCAGCGUAGAAUGAGCCAGCGGCCCAGAGUCGAGCAGGUCAACGCCGCGCCUAUCGAGAACGACAAUCCGAAGAUGGCACAGGAGCGAGCUUACCUCCGUCAGGCCGAGGAGGAGUCGGCCGCCUCCCACCAGCUUCGCCAGCAGCAGCAGCAGCAGCAGCAGCAGCAGCAGCAGCAACCGCAAGCCCAGCAGCAGCAAAAUGGGCAUGGUAACUCCUUCACCCUUCCCCCACUACAAUUCAGCGAUGAGACGGACCAGGAUUCUGGCUCCGGAACGCCCAUCGCCCUGGCUGGCGCUGCGGCCGCUGGGGCUCUUGCUGUUGGAGGAGCUACAGCCAUGUACCACGACGACGCACGCGCACUCACGCCCAUCACUGAGUCCGACGCCUCGCGCAACAACUCGGCCCGCCGCCCUACAGCGGGAACUGGGGGUGCUGAGGUCGGCACUGCACUGGGCUCUCCUAGUCCUGCCUCGCGCUCGAUCCCUGCAAACAACGCUGCACCACACGCCUACCAGCCUGAGGUUCCUCCUGGCCAACAGGGUUGGGUUCAACACCCGUCGCGUGCUCCUGUCCAGAGAGGCGAGCCCUCGGGCGCUGGAAUUGCUUCUAAUCCUACCGCGCCCCCUGUCCGACCGGUCUCUAUGGCCACGUUUGGUAAUCGCGAGUCGAGUGACGACAUUAGCAUCGUCACGGCUACUUCUCCCGGCGUCACCUCUCCCAGCCGCGACCCUAGCACGCGCCAGAGUACACUCCGCUCCGAGGACACGCAGCCCUCUAUGUGGUCGCAGUCCUCCGGUGCCACACCGACGGCCGCCAACACGCCGUUCAACCAGUCGCACAACCCUUCGUUUGCAGGUCAUGCGCGCACACCUCCGCCCACUAAUGGGAUGGCGAACGGUAACGCUGCCAGACGGACCCCGCCUCAGCAGGGCAGCCCUGUGCCAAUCGCUAAGAGCCCCAAUAUGGGACCAACUAUUUCUGCUGGCUCCUUUAUGGGCGGAGCGAAGCCCGCCGUCUCCCAGUUUGCUCAGUCGCCGCCGCAUAACGCGGCGACGCAGCAGCAGUUUGCUAGCCAGCCGUCGUCACCGCCCGUCGCCGCCCACCAGCCCCCGGCGGCAGCGUCGCACUCGAGCCACAGCCAUUCAAAAUCAAGCCACACCACCAUCGCCGCCGUCGCGGCUGGCACUGCAGGUGCCGCUGCUGCCGCGUUGAGUACUCAGGCCUUCACGCGCCAAAGUCCGCCCCGUGGCAGCCCGCCUUCGGACGGCACCUUGCACCAGCCUCAGCCCUCGCGUUCGCAGCGCAUGUCCAUGACCGAGGUGCCGGGCCUGCGUGAGGAGCCGGCUGCCAUGUAUCUUAUGAACAUGGUUGAGGAGCCUGCAGCCCCUACGAGCAUGCAAGACAACAGGGCUGCACCGGGCAAUGCUCUAGGCUCGGGGACUCGUGUCACUGGCAUCACAGACGCUCCUCGCAACGUAUCACCCGUGAGACAAGCUCCUGCACCCGCUCAAGCGCCUGCUUCACCGCCCAAGCCCACGCACACCUCGCCCAUUCAGGCUGCUCCAGGCCCUACCGCCGCAUUUGCCGGCCCUGCGGCUACAACGACACGUGCGGCGGCCCCCCAGACCUCUCCUCCUCUUCACCCCACCGCAUCCUCUGCGCCAGCCAGCGGCCCAGUCGCUUCCUCGGCGCUCGCGGGCUCACCGCCACCAUCACAGGAACCUGCUGCGCCUGCUGCGCCUGCCGCCACCCCGUCUAGCUUUGCAUCGAGUGCAGGUCCAGCUGCUGCCGCCGGAGCUGGUGCUGCCGCACUCGGUGCCGCUGUGGCCCACUACUCGCGCUCACCGCCUGUCAAGGAGCCGUCCCCAUCCCGCUCCCCAGCCUCCAUUGGCUCAGACAAGCCUGCUCGCCCGACCAUAGUCACUGCAUUUGACCAGCACCAGCAGCAGCACCACUCUCGCCCAGGCAUUCAGCGUAAGCCAUCUGGUGCGCGUGCGCAGCAGCCGCCUCUCAGCGCGGUGCGGAGAGGCAGCGGCGCAUCCGGAGAAGCCGUCCCUGCGAUUCAGGAGCAGGUGGAGGUUGGACGCAACGCCACCGUGCCAGGCACGGCUGACGACCACCCGAUCGACAAUCGUGUCUUGACUUCUCCAACUGCUGUCAACUCUGUCACAUCGCCAACUACUCGUGCGGCCAACGUCAACGCCAACUCCAAAAUGCACGACUUUGCGCCAGACACUGCCGCUUUCCUCGCCUACGCCGAUGAGCCCACACCCGCGCCUGCGCACAGCCGCGCCAAGCUCCCUUCCCCGCCCCAGCCCGCUCAGGAGGCACGUUCGUCGUUCGCCCCGUCAAAGCAGGCGGCCGAGCGGCGCGCCAAGGCAGAAGCUGCCGCUGCAGAGCAUCAGCGCUCAAUGAACGUUCCCGGUGCUGGCAGGCAGAAGGCUGCCCAGAAGCCCGACAACUGGGACGGCAGCGACACGGACGAGAGCGACGACGAUGAAGACGGGAACCAUGUACAGGAAGGUCGCGGAUCGCGUGCCUUACCCUCGAUCCCCCAGCCUCCAACGAUUCAGCAGCCACCUUAUCAGCCCCAGCAGCCACCUCAGUUCCGUCAGCAACAGCAGCAACAGCAGCAGUAUUCUCAACAGCAGCAGUUCUACGGUGGUCCCGGCGGACCGGCGAACGGCGACCGCUUCGAGCUCCCCAAGAUGAGCAACCUUUCGAUCAAUGACCCCCGCUAUGACCGUCCUCGCUCCCGCUCCCCGCCCGCCCCUCACCGUCACCUUCCUCAGCAGCCGCUGCUUGCCCAGGAGACGGAAGCACCGCGUCAGCAGCAGCAGCGCGCUGCCCCUCCUCCUCAGCCUCCUGCGGCCAGGACCAACGUGUGGAACGCCAACUUCGAGGUCGAACACGGCAUGGACCGCAAGGGCACGUUCGUCGAGCUCGAGGAGCCCCAGGUUGCUCUCACAAAGGCUUUCACUCCGGGUGGUCUCAUCCAAGCCGGCAUGCAGGACAAGCGUGACCGCUCGGCCAAGCGUCAGGAAGAAGUUGCGCGGGAAACUGGCUCCGCGCUUGUCAAUGUGCCCGAGCCCCCUCCCCCUCCUCAGACUGGUCUUGUUGGCGCUGUGGCAGCACACGAGCGCGACCGCAAAAACCCCGGCGGCAUUGGCGCCACGCUCACCGACCGCGAUCGUGAACGCCGUCUUGCCGAGGAGCGGCAGCGCAAGAUUGACGAACUGCAGCGUCAGCAAAUGGAGCACAUGCAGCAGCAGUACACCGGCGGCGGCAUGUUCCCGGGCCAGUUCCCUGCGUACGGCUAUGGUAUGCCACCCAUGGGCUUCAACCCUUACGGCAUGCCAAUGAAUCCCGCCGCUCAGCAGCACGCCAUGAUGGCCGCACAGAUGGCGUACCAGCAGACUAUGAUGGCCAUGUCGCAGGCAGGCUCGCAGGCCGGUGACGCGCCCGAUGGCCGCGUCUCGCCCCAGAGCCAGAUGCGCAUGUCUCCCCAGCCCUUCCAGAUGGGCCAGAUGCCGCCCAUGGGCUUCCCAGGCUACGGGAUGCCGCCGACCCAGAGCAUGUAUGGCGGCUUCCCUGGUUAUGGAAUGCCAGGCAUGGGCGGCCCCGCUUCGGCUUGGGGUGGCUCGCAGGCCCACUUCCAGCAGGGCCUCGCGCCGGGUAAUGGCGACCACAGCCCCAUUGGUGGCUCGUACCCGGGCUCUGAGCGAGGCGAGGAGCGCCAGGCCAGCUAG